UUGACCAACGCGGACAGCAACACAAACACAAAACAAGCCUAUUUAGUGCUCGCUGGCUAUGUACGGGACAUGAAAAUCCUUAGGGAUUGAGAUGCUUUUGUUUUUGACGGUACCUACUUGUAUCACACCAGAAUGAAUCACUCGGGGGAUAAAUGAACUAUUCGCGCUGUAUCUCAUAGAUCUGGGAUAGGCGUGCCUGGGAUAUGCUUGCUUUGAAAAUACCCCGAGGCUAGUUUUGCUUUGUUGGCUACUUAUUGCUUCCUAAAUAGUCACAACGAAAUGAGGAGCUACUCUUUCAAUUGGAGUGCGAGACAAUGUGAUUUGCAAUGUCGGUUGCUACCGUACAUGAUCUGUUGAUGAGAACACAUUGGUGAUGAUGCUACGAUGUUUAAGAAUGUGUUCGGGUCUGGGUUCCUCGUGAGGACUGCACAUGUUAUCCUGACAUGGGUGAUAACGCUGAUACUCUUCCUCCACGACACGGACUUACGGAGGCAGGAGGAGGCAGGACAGCUGGUGAUGCCGGUGCUGUUCGUGAUGCUGGUUCUGUUGUCGGUGCUGCUCUACUUCGCGGUCUCGCUGAUGGACCCGGGCUUCGUGCUGGCCAACGACGACGGUGAGGCGAAGCUCACCCUGGGGGCCAGCGAGGAGCAGCAGGACAUGCUCUGUCAGUCCACCAAGGCUCUCCGGCAGCGCCGCUGUGGCCACUGCCUACUGCAGCAGCCAAUGAGAGCCAAGCACUGCCAGACCUGUAAGCACUGCGUCCGUCGCUAUGACCACCACUGCCCCUGGAUUGAGAACUGUGUGGGAGAGCGGAACCACCGAUGGUUCGUUCUGUACCUUGGGGUGCAGCUGCUGGCCCUGUUUUGGGGGCUCUUCAUAGCCUGGUCUGGAUUUCGCCCCGCCCCUACCUGGGACCUGUGGCUGCGUGGCAACGGGCUCCUAUUGGGCGCUGCCUCCAUUGUGGGCGUGGUUUCGGUUGUGGUGGUCCUGCUGCUGGGUUCACACCUGUACCUGAUCUCCCAUAACGCCACCACCUGGGAGUUCAUGUCCCGUCCCCGAAUCUCAUACCUGCGCCACUGUGGGGCAGACCAGAACCCCUUCGACCGUGGGGCCCCAGCCAACCUGUGGAGCUUCUUUUGCGUCUGGGGGACCGUGGCCUGGGAACAGAUGUAUUUCAGAGAGCCCAACGACCAUGCCUAGUAUCCUCGGAAUUACACCUGGGUCAAACGGGCAUCUAAACACUUUUUAGGUGCGGAUAAAAUUUUAUAAACCCUCCUCCAGAGCUUCAGAAAUUUUCAAUGAAGCAUAUUACUCACCAAAAUGGGCAAUCAAUGUAUGAAAGAAGAAUUCUGUAAUGAACAUUUGGAAAAAUAUUGGUGUCUUUUUAAAAUAUUAGUCAGUACUCACUAACUGCUGUCUAAUGGGUGGGGGUGGCUGUGGAGCAGGAUUAGUCACUUGGACUACCAUCGCAAACAUGAAUUUCUUUGGCUGAACAAUUAGGUUUUGUGUUUCUGCCGCACAUUCAACCUGUGUACUGAUUGGCUAGUUACUUAUGGUCGAGAUGAAAAGUCCUGUGGAAGCUGGCAUGCAGGGAAGGAAGAAUGAGGCAGUGUGCCACGCACUGUCUGCGUCACUUUUUCAGUUCCGUCACAACCUUGCAGAAGAUUGGAUUGGGACUCUUGACUUUGAGCGAGGCCAAGGCAUUGGCUUUAAGAAAAACUGCUUGCACAUGAUGAAAACUUUCAGCCAGUGAGAUUUAUGGUUUUAGAAGGGACUUGGGACUAAGUUGCAUCUGUCAUCCAAAUUUUCAGCAGGGCUUUGUCUGGCUUACAUCUGCUUAGUUGGAUGGUGUCAUUUGAUAGAUUUGUGAUUGACCAGAAGGUUCUCCCCCACUGUAAAUAGUGUGUUCAGGGUCAGGUUCAGGGACAGCCAGGUGUCCAGAAACAGAAUUAUCCACAAAAUAAAGGUUGCACAUUGCUUCUUUCUUCCUCAAAGCCAUGGAUUCUGGGUAAUAUUUUUAGUUUAAUUAAUUAGUUUUAUUCUUUUUUUGGGUCAAAAAAAGGACCAGAGGUGUUUCACGGAAUGACAUGUUUAUGACAGUCAUAGCACCACUUGUGUUGCACAUGAGAGCACAUGCGGCCUGAGAAUUGAGAGGUGUUUAUUUUAGGUUAAUUUAUGGUAAAGAAAGCCAACUAGCCGUUUAUUCUAAAUAUGUUGUAGUAACACCCUAGUGUGUGUCAGUGAGAUUGUGGUUAUGGUUCAUCCAGCGCUGGCAAUAACUUGAGCUGUCUCUGGUCUUGCGGGCAGUAGUAUUCCCAGAAUCCUCUUACUCUCUUCCCUGGAAGUAUGUUGGCUUAUGCUUGGACCCUCCCGUUCUUGUGUUUAUUCUCUCUUGCUCCCCCACUACAUAUUGCUGGAUAUCAUCUCAGGCCAGAGUGCACUGCCAGCCAUGGUGUUCCUACAUGGUGUUUUGUUAAGUCUUCACUGAUUCCUGAUGACCCAAGUGGGAGACUUGAGUGUGCAGCACCUACAUUUUUCUGGAAUGAUUGAGCCUUGUUCUGGAUCGAUCACAGAUCUGCUGCACAUUGCUUUUAAACAGGAAAACAUUCUGUCCCUUUACUUUUGUGAAACAGGGUUUUCUUUUAAUAUUCACAUGGGUACGUUUUUUUGUUGUUUUUUUUUAACUUCCAUUUUUGUAAAGAUCUGUAUGAGAUCUACCUUUAAAAAUGUUUUUCCAGAAACUAGGUAUACUGUAUUGUGGACUAUUUUGUAUUUAAAUUGAUUAAAAUUAGGUAGUGUGUCCCCACAUAGCUUUAAAAGGUUAUAUAUUAUGUCUGGUGCAAUAUUAGCUAUAGGGGACGUUAAUCAUAAGCAAUAAUUGUGUUUCUCCAGAAAACUAGAUCAGUCUAGGUAGAUGGGUCUGUUUAAAGUCUGUUGGCCUGUGUUUGAGCCUAGAGCAGGGAGAUAAAAUGUGUGGUGGUCUCUGCCCCUGAGUUUGCCAUAUUUGAUCCGUAUUUGUUUCAGUUCAGACAGUAUGACAGACACUAUUGAACAAGAUGCUGUAUUUGUUUAAGCAAUAUUGCUGUCCUUCAGUAUUAUGGUUCUUGCAAUAUCUAAAAAAAAUUGAAAUGAAUAAAAAUGUUUUAAUAUGUGUUAAGCUGAG